AUGAUGAAGGUGGAGGUAGAUAUGAGAAUUUUGCUGUAUUGGAUGCCUGCACCGAAGGAAGUCGAUCCUGUUUCGAUGGAGCUAACGACCGAUGAAAGCCGUAAUGCGACGAUAUCGGGGGAGGUGCUGGACGCACUUAUCGCAACUGUGUUCGUGGACCCCGCCUACAGGAGAGACGCCCUGCUCUUCACUUCAUCUACGCCAUUAAAUUUUACCGUGCACCUAGACAAGUCGGACGGAUAUCAGCUAGUCCCUGCCAACCCGUAUUUCUCGGGCUUCGCAACAUUAACGUUGAGGGCAGUUCUUCAAGAUGCAAACAUCCCAGUAGGCGAUACGUCUGCAAGCCGUCGCCACUUUGACGCACUUCCUAACGUCACGGUUGUAGUGACAGUCGAACUCUUCAUAGCGCCAGUGGCCACCGCUCCAGUAGUGAACGCCACCGCUGUGCGAUCGACAGCACCUUUAGGAACUGCGAUUGUGCUCUCAAUCGGUGCCAUCUCACUACGGGACGUGGAUGGGUCGGAAGAAUUGUCUGUCGAGCUGGCAACGGAGAUGGACUUGGACGCUGUCGCUACGGCUUUGUCGCGCGUUGUAUACGCGCUGCCCAUCCCGACUUCUACGGACGGUAUCAUGGACGCCGACGUUAUGCUCAUAGCGGCGGACAAUCUCUUUACUGGCCGAUUCAGCGUCUCUCUUACGGCGACGUCCCGUGAGCUUUACUUUACGAACACGUCGAAUGCAUCAUCGGCUUCAUCGCUUUUUUCGGCUGAGGUGGGGUGGAUGGCGGAGCCUACUGUCUACUACACCAAGCCGUUGGCCUUUUGGCUCAGAGGACAGAAAGACACACCCGUGUCUAUUGCACUAAGCAAUAUUCGAGGAAGGCUACAGGCUGAAACCCCGUCGAGCGAUACUAACAAGCUGGUGUACGGUCCAUGCCGACUCGCGUGGGAUACAGAUCGAGUGCAGGCAGUUUUAAGUUCAACACAUCAGAGAACUUGA